AUGAUAAAGUCGAAAUCAAUAAAACUCUUUUGGAAUAAGCAAGACAUUAUUUUAGAAACUGAAUUAAUUGAUGAAAAGGCGGAAACUGUUUCGAAGACCAGCACUGCAUGCAGGAAAAUAGAUUUGAGGAUUGAAACACAAGAGAAACACAUAGGACUCAGCCAUACUGAAUGUUCCAGAGUACCAACUCCUGCUAAAAUUGUUCAAAAUUUCUGCGCACCAACAAAUGCAUUCUUAACAGCUAUUUGA